AUGUGUAUCCCUUCCUUUUUCACUUGCUUGUUUGGUGUUUUCGCUUGUUUAAAGUGGUGUAUGUUGGAGGGAAACGUGUUGGGGGAUACAGGAACCAGCAUACAAACCUUGCUAUCCUGUUUGGCUGGUUUCUUCCUCGGCUUCAUUCUCCCUGGGGUUGUCGCGCAACUUGGGGUGUGGCAAAUGAAAACUAGAAAACAGAAGCCUUUGCCUCCGCGGAUCGAUCGUGCUAGCGAGGCGUUGAAAGAACUGUUGAAAAAGGAACGUGCGGCUACUUUAUCUAAACUGGGGCAGCAAUCAGCUGACGAAUCUCAAGAGCAAUGUUUGCAUAGUGAUAGCAGCGACAGUGCCGAGUCCAGCGAGGGAGACGAGGAGGAGACUUCAUAUUCUUCUGGAAGCAGCGGGUUUGAGAGAAUGGAGGAGCUUGGUCUCAAAAUGGUUCUUGUCAUCCGUUGUGACGGUAAGAAGACACCUGCCAGUGAGGUGGCCACGCACGCCGCUGGUGCAGCUAUGCAUCUCGCUCAAACUAUACAAAGUGAUGGGGCAUGCGUACAGUGGAAAAGAUGGUAUCUGUGGUGGAACAUGGUUGGUUGCGCAAAAAUAGCACUGAAAGGUCCCGAUGUGGAAACAUUGCGACGUGUCUUGGUGAGUGCACAGGAGCGUGGAUUGCCGUGCUGCAGCAGAAGCCGUGGUGAUGCUCCUGGUGUUCCUGUGGGGAAUCCUCCAAGUGCGGUGAGAGAUAUUGAGGAGGAUUUAGUAGUUGUGGCUGUUGGACCUGUUCCCUCGAGUGAAGUUAAUCCCAUUACUGGGAAUUUGAAACUUUUCCCCUGA